UAUAUCCACAGACUGUGACUCUGACAUGACCCGUAAUACAAUUUACACUAUACACAGUGCAUACAAUGCUUGCAAGGAUGGAGACUCCGACCAACAUGGCGACUUACAUGAUGCGACUGGAAUGUCCACCGUAGUAUAUCUUUCUGGAUGAUAAUUUUCUUCAGCAACAACAUUAAAGUGCCGCCUGAAUUACCGGCUAGUGCCUGAGGGCCGGUAAGAGUCAUGCAAGCCCGCAAACGUUAUAUUUUAGUACUUUUUACAGGGUUGUUACUCCUGCUGCUUUACUAUGGGGGAUUGCACAUGCUACACGGGCCGCAAAGGGAACAAGCCACCUUGGCUGCCCGGCUACGAUCAAUUGAAGACCAGUCAGAAACGAACUAUGAGCGUGAUGGACAAACAUCAAGCUUACAUGUCAGUUCUGCACAAGACAAGGAUCAGAAGUGCCGGAUGGAGACAUGCUUUGAUUUUUCGAAAUGUAAAGAAGGCUUUAAAGUGUAUAUUUAUCCAGUAUCCUAUCAAAAACCUAGCCAGUUGUACAGUGACAUUUUAACUUCCAUCCGUGCGUCGAGAUACUUCACAACUAAUGCAGAUGAAGCGUGUUUGUUUGUGACUUCAAUAGACACCCUAGACAGGGACAAACUCUCAUCCACCUAUGUCAAAAACAUAGAAAGCAGUAUAUCAAAGUUAAGUCAUUGGAAUAAUGGCAAAAACCACCUGAUUUUUAAUCUGUAUUCUGGGACGUGGCCUGACUACUCAGAAGAUUUAGGGUUUAAUAUAGGAGAAGCAAUCCUGGCAAAAGCAAGUUUCUCAGAACAGUACUUUAGGCCUAACUUUGACAUAUCACUGCCGCUGUUUGCCAAAACUCAUCCUCAGAAAGGAGGCAAUUCAGGGGACCUCCAGGGAAAUAAUUUUCCAGUACAAAGAAAGUAUUUAUUAGCAUUUAAAGGAAAGCGUUAUUUAUUUGGAAUAGGAUCAGAUACAAGAAACGCUCUUUAUCACUUGCACAAUGGAGUGGAUAUCAUACUUCUCACAACAUGUAAACAUGGGAAAAACUGGCAGAAGCAUAAAGAUGUACGCUGUGACCAUGAUAAUGCAGAGUUCGACAAGUUUGAUUACCAAGUGCUCCUGCAUAACUCUACGUUCUGUCUGGUACCGCGAGGGCGCCGCCUUGGCUCGUUCCGUUUCUUAGAGUCUCUGCAGGCUGCUUGUAUUCCUAUGCUGCUAAGCAAUGGUUGGGAGCUACCAUUCUCAGAGGUUAUAGACUGGAGUAAAGCUGUCGUCUUCGGAGAUGAGAGACUUCUAUUACAAGUUCCGUCCAUUGUAAGGUCUAUCACUGCCGAGCAGAUCCUGUUGCUAAGGCAACAGACUCAGUUCCUGUGGAACAGCUACUUCUCCUCCACCGAAAAGAUAGUUCAUACUACAUUAGAGAUUAUCAAGGAGAGGGUAGAGAAACACCUUGCUCGUCAGGACUACAUCUGGAACCACCAUCCAGGAGCAUUGUCUAUCUUCAGCGAGUAUUCGUCCAGCCUCCAAUCAUUCCCUUUCUACACCCUGGCAAUAGGGGCUCAACCAUCCAACAAGUUUUCUGCUCUAGUCUUAGUGCAGACCCCACCUAUCUCCAUAUCAGCUCCACUCAUGAAACUUCUUGUCAAUGUAGGCAAGUCUGCAUAUGCUCAUCAGAUUGUUGUGUUAUGGCAGGUAGAUAGACCCCUCCCACCGAAGUCCAGAUGGCCCAAGCUUCAAGUCCCUCUCAUAGUCAUUGAGACUGAUCUCAAGUCCCUGAGCAGUCGAUUCUCACCUAACUCUGUGAUUGAGAUGGAUGCUAUUCUGAGUUUGGAUGAAGAUGCUCAACUAACUACAGAUGAGGUUGACUUUGCUUUCUCAGUAUGGCAGACUUUUCCAAGCAGAUUAGUAGGUUACCCUGCUAGAAACCAUUACUGGGACCAAGCUAAAGGUCACUGGGGGUACUCAUCAAAGUGGACCAAUGAGUACUCUAUGGUACUCUCUGGAGCAGCAUUUUAUCAUAGGUACUAUCAUUAUCUGUUCACCCAUGUACUGCCUUCACCGUUGCGUGUCCAUGUGGAUCGCACUAACAAUUGUGAUGAUAUCCUUAUGAACUUCUUAGUAGCUAGUGUGACAAAGCUACCACCCAUUAAGGUAACACAGCGUAAACAAUACCGUGAUACGAUGUUAACACCAUCAACAUCAGCACUGGCGGCUCGCUGGCUCAGCGCAGAACAUUUCCAGCAGCGUCAGGAGUGCCUCAAUCUAUUCUCCAGUGUUAUGGGCACCAUGCCACUGGUUAGAUCUCAAAUGCGUCUCGAUCCGGUCCUCUACAAAGAUCCGGUCUCAAAUAUGAGAAAACGUUAUCGAAAGAUUGAGGUGGUGGACCCCAAACCAAGGACGUGAUAUUAAGCCCACCGUUCGUUGUUCAGUGAAUCUCAUGAAAAUGGAAAUGAAAGUACUAGAAUGUUUUCAUGGUGCAGAGUGUCCCAUCAUUGGAUUACAAACAUGUGGUUCAUGUGCCAAACUAUGGAGUGAUCAAGAGUACUACUCAUAAUAAACCAACAUGAAUGUCUACUAAUGGGACCAAGAAAGGUCAAGCUACUUUCUAAUCUUCUUCCAUGUCCAGCUUCUUCUUCUUCUCAAUCGUGACGUAUCAUGUCCUUAAACCAAUAAAUACCUACAAGCAAAGUUUACAAUCAAUAUGGAGAAUCUCUUCUUGAUAUUGGUACCACUUCAGAACAUCUCAUUAGAAACUUCUUGAUGUCGUAGUAGUGAGUCAGGAUUAGUGGGCAUGUCUCAACCAAGUACCACAACAUGAGGCUCAUAGAUGUUCAUCGCUAAGAAUCCAUCAAUGCAAGCUGAGUACUGGUAUAGACCAGCAAGAUAGCCAGAGAGCAUGGCAGCUUAGAGCAAGGCCCUAUAUGGGUGCUCCUACCGGCCCACAUGAUUAAGAGUAUCAGCAGUGAGCAGGACCUCACCUUCCAGAGUAAACAGAGUUCUUAUAAAGCAUCCAUUGUGAGAGUAAUGGGGUAAUACUUCACUAACAUGUCAUGCCAAUAUUUUUGUGUGUAUGUGUUCAGCAUUGGACAAUUUUAUGGAUAUGAGAUCAUUUCUUUAAGAGUUAUGAAAAGUGGUCAGAUAUAAACUCAUUCGAGCAGAGAUAUUUUUUUGAAAACCAGAUGUAAUCUAUUCAUGAGGUAUUAUUAUGAAAAUAUUGAAAAUAUUGUGUGUGUUAAAUUUUAAAUGAAAGUCUUGCUUUUUGUAUAAAAAACAGAUAACAUAUGAGUGAAAGUGAGAUUAGAGUUUCUAUAUUUUUCUUGGAAUAAGAGAAGAAGUAGAUUAGAGUUUUAGCUGGUUUUAGAUGGUUUUAGCAGGGACAUGGUGUUUACAUGUAUAUAUUGAGAGAGUGAUGCAGAGAGAGAGAGAGAAAAAAAAAAGCCAGAGUGCUUGUUCUUGAUGUGGUUCUCAAGAUCCAAAGUUUUUUUCCUUAGUAUACAAAUUACAUAUAGCUCUGAGUGCAUUUAAUAAGUGUAAUUAUCUAGUAAAUAAAAUGUAGUAUGGUAAAGGUAUUACUAAAAUAACACUCUCUCUCAACCAAUGAUAUUACUCAUAUUCGUACCUAUGUUUUAUUAUACAUGUAAUCAAAAGGAGCUUGAUCUUUAACCAAUCAUUCAAACAGCAUACUGGUAGUUUGACAUACAUGUAGUGAUUUGAUUAUAACAAAUAAAGUUCAGACUGAGCACUUUUCUGGUUUAAAGCAUCUUGUAAUGAAAACUAUAUCACAGAAACAUGCAACAUGCUCAAUAUAAACACCUCUUUUGUUUCUGCAAGAUCCAUUUAGCUGUACAAAAUGUCAAAUCUUGUUUCAACAGCAACUCUCAUUUAUGAACUUGUUCAAUUACAUGUAUUUAUAGUCACUGUUUUAUGCUCAUUUUCUUUGUUCUUUAGUUUAUGUUGUUUUCUUACAUUUAUAUGUGAGUCUGUCUAGUUUCUAUUGUAUAAUUCAUUUCAAUUAACUAGACAUGGUAGAUUUCUGUGGCUGUUCAUUUUACAACUCACUUGAUUACCUAAAGAAUCAAUAUUCUUUGUUCAAACUUGAAAUUAAUGCAUGCGUUAUGUAAACUUGAGGCCUCUUUUCUUUGAAUAAGUAUUAUUAAUUACUCUUCAUGUGGGAUUUAAUUUAGUCGUAGUGAACUACUCCAGAAGACCAGGAUUUUAAUCUUUUAUUAUUCAAUUUCUUUGUUUGGUACAUUUUCAUUAUAAAAAUUUAAAAUUUUACAAUUUUUAGCCUACACAUGUAGGAUGUCAUCUUCCAUCCAAACAAAAAAUUUGAAUCCGUAUUUGGUAUAUUUCAGAAAAACAAGGCAAAUUGCUAUUUAUUGAUUUUUAGGAAAUAUUUGGUAUAAUUCUGUAAACCAAAACAUUUUGUUGCACCUAUUCAAUUUCAAGCAAGACAGUUGUAUCUAGACCUUAGUUCUCUGUAGUGCCUACAUAGUGAGAUCUUUUAUAGAAACUAAAACAUUUGGUUUUAUCGGCUUUGAUAUGGAGAUUAGAAAGUGCACAAAAUUAAUUUCAUCCAGUUAAUUUUUAGUAUUUUGGUUGUGUAAAUCACUUAUAAAUGGACAUGCCAUACAAUGUACAUAGAAAUAAUAUUACAGCUACAUUAAUGAAGGGUAAGAUAGGUAAGGUACUCCUAAUACAAAUUAUUAAUCAUUUUGAUUUUUUUUGUGAAAUAAAUAAUAUGAGUUUGUUACAAAGGGUAUUGCUGGUAAGAAUAUGCAAGUGAAUGUAAUGUUUACAAUGUGUGGGACCAUGUGACGUAUGUCAACAAUGCUUGUAUUUAUGUUGCUACACUUAAUCAUCAUAUAUUGUAGCUUGUCUUGCAGAAUUAUUUCACUGUGCAUUCAUUAUAUUAAGGUGCUAAUCAUAGAUUGAUCAUUGCAAUUUUUUCUAAUUGAGCAUUUGUUUUAGUGCUAUAAAUAGUUGCUAUGCCUUCAUGCAAACUUAGAUACCCAAAGAGAAAGAAGUACAAACUAUAUGUGCAUUUGUUUAUUUAUGAAUGUAGGAUGUGAUAUAUUUGAAUCAUGUUUAUUAAGAUGAUAAAAAUAUUUGUGUGGAUGAUUUGAUUCCUUCACAUAUUUUAAAUUGAGAA